AUGAGCACUGGAGACUUUUUGACAAAAGGCAUUGGACUUAUUCAAAAAGCUAUCGAUCUUGAUACUGGUACACAAUAUGAGGAAGCAUACACCGCGUAUUACAAUGGGUUAGAUUAUUUAAUGCUGGCGUUGAAAUAUGAAAAAAACCCCAAAUCCAAAGAUCUCAUUCGGGCUAAGUUUACCGAGUACUUGAAUCGAGCAGAGCAGCUAAAGGAGCAUUUAGAGUCGUCACAGCUGAACAACAAAGAGAACAAGAAAGACUCCCCUGCCAAGAAAACAAGUGCCAAUUCCAACAGUAACGACGACGAUGCUGAUGAUAAAAAACUGCGCGGCGCUUUGUCUAGCGCGAUUCUCACCGAAAAACCCAAUGUGCGCUGGGAGGACAUUGCUGGUUUGGAAGGUGCCAAAGCGGCUUUGAAAGAAGCGGUUAUUUUGCCCGUGAAGUUCCCUCAUUUGUUCACAGGAAACCGUAAACCUACAUCAGGAAUUCUAUUGUUCGGCCCACCGGGAACUGGUAAGUCGUAUUUAGCGAAAGCUGUUGCAACGGAAGCCAACUCAACGUUUUUCAGCAUAAGUUCUAGUGACCUGGUAUCGAAAUGGAUGGGUGAGUCCGAAAGGUUGGUCAAGCAACUUUUCGCAAUGGCAAGAGAAAACAAACCUUCCAUUAUUUUUAUUGACGAGGUAGAUGCCUUGACAGGCCAAAGAGGUGAGGGUGAAAGUGAGGCCAGUAGAAGAAUCAAGACCGAGCUUUUGGUUCAGAUGAACGGUGUAGGAAAUGAUGCUCAAGGCGUUCUCGUCUUAGGAGCAACGAAUAUUCCUUGGCAAUUAGACAGUGCUAUAAGAAGACGGUUCGAAAAGAGAAUUUACAUUCCUCUUCCUGACCUUGCAGGGAGAACUCGCAUGUUUGAACUGAAUAUCGGCGAGACACCUUGUUCGCUUUCGAAGGAAGAUUAUCGAACUUUGGGGCAGUUAACAGAAGGAUAUUCGGGAAGUGAUAUUGCCGUUGUAGUCAAAGACGCUUUGAUGCAGCCUAUUCGGAAAAUUCAAGACUCGACACAUUUUAAAAACGUUUCGCAAGACCCUGAACAUCGUAAAUUGAUCCCUUGCUCACCAGGAGACGAUGGUGCAAUUGAGUUGAGCUGGACCGACAUAGAGGCUGACGAGCUGCAAGAACCAGAGCUCAAUAUCAAAGAUUUCCUAAAAGCCGUCAAAAUAACAAGACCGACCGUAAAUGAGGGUGACCUGAAGAAACAAGAAGAGUUCACCAACGAUUUUGGACAAGAGGGUUUGUAA